AUGGGAGAAUUAAGUUUCUUCCUAAGUCUUCAGGUCAAGCUGAUUGAAACCAGAACUUUCAUAAGUCAGCCAAAAUACACAGCCGAACUGUUGAAGAAAUUUGGAACAGACACAUGUGCCGAUGCGGCUACACCAAUGAGCUCAUCCGUGAAAUUAGAUAAAGACGAGGACGGUCAAGUAGUAGACAUAACAACAUAUCGAGGAAUCAUCGGCUCACUACUUUACCUAACAGCUAGUCGACCGGACAUCCUAUUCGCAGUCGGAGUAUUUGGGAGAUUUCAAGCCAAUCCAAAUCAAUCAUAUUAUACAGCGAUUAAAAGAAUCCUAAAAUAUCUGAAAGGAACCCAAGACGUGGAAUUAUGGUAUCCAAAAGACUCGAGCUUUAAUAUAAUAAGCUACUCUGAUGCAGAUUACGCAGACUGCAAAAUUGAUCGAAAGAGUACAAGUGGGACUUGUCAGUUUUUGGGAGACCGACUGGUCUCAUGGUACAGCAAAAAGCAGACCUCAGUUGCAACUUCAACCGCAGAGGCGGAGUACCUAACAGCCGGAAGCUGA